CUUGUUUUUCCUGCAGGAGAUGCAACCUGGGGGAUGAGGAGGGUGGGUGACCUUGGGCGAGGCCUUCCACCGCUCACAGUCCCGUAUAUAUAGCCAGUGUCCCGUCACCCAGGCAGUGUAGCUCCUCUUCUCCUCACAUCAUGAAGACUCUGAUUUUGUUUGGCGUGAUUGCUGCGGUCCUGGCCGUUCCAGUGCCCGAAGCUGAUCCUGCAGCUGAUCCUGAUUGCGAUAAGCUGCCUGUAGUUCCAGCUCUACCAUAUACUGGCUUUGGAUUUGGCCCCAUAGCAUACGGUGCCCCUGCAGCUGUUGCCCCGGUAGCUGUUGCACCCCCAGCUGUUGCCCCGGUAGCUGUUGCACCCCCAGCUGUUGCUCCCGUAGCUGUUGCUCCCGUAGCUGUUGCUCCCGUAGCAUACGCCGCUCACGUAGCUUACUCCGCCCCAACAGAAGUCAAGAUCCCCAUCACAUCUACACAUGUGGAGGUGCCCAUUGAGCAGAAGAUUCUUUACGGAGCUCAGAACUACGUAGCCGGGCACAACACUGCCAUCUACAAGCCAUCCCUGGCCGCCCCCGCCAUCGCACCGCCCAGUGUCCUCCUCUCAAAGAUAACUCAAAAUGCCCCCGAGGUCACCAUCGAGAAGCAGGAGAUCCCCGUCGAGCAACACGUCCCGAAUUUCGUCGACACUCCCUACCACGCUGGCACCAUCAUCAAGUACACCGCACCUGAUGUCAAGGAGGUCAAGGUGGCCACACCAUAUGCCCAGCCUGUACCCGUGUCAGUGCCCGUGCCCGUGGCCCAGCCCGUGCCCGUGGCUCAGCCCGUGCCAGUGGCCCAGCCUUUGGCCGUGGCUUAUCACCAAGCUCCUAUUACAUACACGGCCGCUGUGGUCGCCAAAGACUGCUAAUGACGAACGCCAGGAACCUCUGCAGAUAUUCACGCCAAACAUUAACUUUUCUGAUGUAGAUUUUCUGUAAAAUAAUUGGAAGUAAACUCAUAAAAUACAA